GUUUUAGUUCUAAUAGUUUUUGUUUUUUAUUUUAUAUUUUUGAUUAAUUUGUCUUACUUAAUAAUCAACAAUGAAUUCGUUAUUGAUCCUAAUAAUCCAAACGAUUGUUCAAUGUUGUCUUGCGUAUAUUAAUUUGUCAGACAUCGACUGUGGUAAAUCAGUUGUAAAUAGAGGAGCUCGAAUUGUUGGCGGAAGUGCAACAAUACCUGGCCAAUUUCCAUGGAUGGUAUCAAUCACUCGACAUGGUGGACAUUUCUGUGGAGGUAGUAUUAUUAAUAAACAUUGGAUUGUAACAGCUGCACAUUGCAUUUGCAGUGGUACAGGUGACUUUAUGGUGCCAAAACAAUUAAAGGUUACUAUCGCUCAAUAUGAUCUGCGAGAGAAAAAUUCUGGCAUAUCAUAUCAAAUGGAUGUAAAAAAUAUUGUUGUGCAUCCAGAGUACACAUGCAAUCGUGUCAAAAAUGAUAUUGCAAUGAUUCAAAUAAAAACAAGUAUUAAUUGGUCCAAUAAUGUUCAACCAGCAUGUUUAGCAAAUUCAGUUUAUGAUUCAAGUUACAGCAAAUACGAAGGAUCUGAUGCAACAGUCAUUGGUUGGGGCUGGUUAAAUGAAAAUACUACUGUGGGAAGAGCUGAUAUUUUACAACGCGUUAAUGUUAAAGUGUUUGAAAAUUUGAAAUGUAAUAAUUGGUAUCAAUCAAAUGGAAAAAAAACCAUAAUACGAGAUAGUCAAAUGUGUGCUGGCGUUGAACAUGGAGGCAAAGACUCUUGUUGGGCUGAUAGUGGUGGCCCUUUAAUGAUUCGUACAGAAGGAAAGAAGAUGGUAAUAGGAAUUGUAUCCACAGGUAUUGGAUGUGCUAGACCACGUUUACCAGGAUUAUAUACCAGAGUUUCAGAUUAUAUUCCUUGGAUUCAAAAAGUUAUUUCAUAAUGCUGAACUAUUUUGCAUACAUUAGCCAAUGAGAACAAUUUCCUCCAUAUCCUAAUAAAAUCUAGUCAUAUUUAUAAAUGCUGUAAACCAAAGUUGUUAAAAUAAAUAUUAUUUAUUAUUA